AUGCCAUCGAUUCAACUAAUUGUCUUGAUCUUUUUUAUUUCAUCGAUUGCCGUUCAAGGACAAUAUAAAUUUUCCAAUUGUGGUUCGAAUCCGAGUAAUCACCAUAUCCAAUUGAAGGAUCUUCAAAUAAUACCUCAUCCAUUCAAGGUACCAGGUCCUGUUUUGUUCAGGCUUAAUAUUGAUGUUAGUGAAGAUAUUGUUCAUCCACUUCAGACUGCAUUCGAUUUAAAAGCAACAGCUUUUCUUAUCACUGUACCCAUCAAGUGUGAAGAUGGUGUUGGAUCCUGUACGUAUCCUGAUUGGUGCGUGGCUUGCUCAACAUGUUCCUGUCCAGUACUCGCUGGUAACCAAUUAAUAGAAAUACCAAUGAAUUUCACAGCAAGUAUUCCUAUCGGCUCAAAGGCAACAGUCACAGCUCAAAUUGAAUUUCGAUCUGACACAGGUCAAACAGGUUGUGUCAGAAUAACAGAUAUUGAUGUGAGAAAAUAA